AUGUGGUGUCUAUUCGUCCUAAAAGAUUCCCUGAAUGACAGAGGGGACAUGCUAUAGUUUCUACCAUAAUUCAUGUUGAAACAUCACAUCAUCAUGUUGUCAGUGCGUUAUCUGCGGGAUUAACGUCAUUGGAUCACUCAGGCACUGGGGCGGUGGAAGUGAUGGUGGCGAGGGGGUUGCAGCGGCUCUUGCACUGCAGAGCCCCGCUGCAGUCUGUGCUCUGGCGGUCGCUACUGCCCUGCCCGGCGCCGCGACAGCCACCCGUCGGGCCGCUGGGUGCGCGGUGCAUACGGACCCUUUGCCCCAGGCCUCGGUGGGUGAGCACGUCGGGGGUACCCGCUGCAACGGCGCCGCGCAGCACAAGCUCCGGCGAUGAAGCCCGGCGGACCCCGACCGAAACCGGGACCGCCGCGGAGAUCUCCACAGAGACGGAUCCCCUCCAGGACAAGUCCAUCAGCAUCCUCCAACGGUUUAAAAGGACCUUUAAGCAGUACGGGAAAGUCAUGAUUCCCGUGCAUCUCGUAACGUCCUCCGUGUGGUUCGGCACGUUUUACUACGCUGCCAUGAAGGGCGUGAAUGUGGUUCCAUUCCUGGAGGUUAUUGGAUUUCCUGAAAAGAUUGUUAAUCUUCUGCAGAGCUCUCAGAGUGGUCACGCGAUCACUGCCUACGCCAUGUACAAGAUUGCAACUCCAGCAAGGUACACCAUGACGCUGGGCGGGACGUCGCUUUCGGUGAAGUACCUCCGGAAGAAAGGGUACAUGUCUACCCCGCCCCCCGUGAAGGUGUAUCUCCAGGACAAAAUGGAAGCAACGAGGGAGCGCAUUUCUGAAAAAAUGGAGGAGACUAAAGGGAGGAUCUCGGGGAAGAUGGAGGAGACCAAAGACCGCUUCUCCGGGAGGAUGGAGGAAACCAAGGACAAGCUCACCGAGAAACUCCAGGAAACCAAAGACAAAGUGUCUUUCAGGAAGAGGGCCGAGUAGAUUCACUCACGCCAUUCAGCAAAGAUAAGCUUAGCACCUCAUGGAUGGCGCUCUGUGAAAAAUGUCUGAGAGGCAGAUGCGUAGACAUUGCACAACAAACCGUAAUCGGGCACGUCGUAAUAGUCACACUUGUAUGUCUAAUGGUCAUGUCUUAGUCUUGUCAGUUUCUCACUGGGCUGAAAUCAGGCCAUAUUUAUGACAAUUAAGAAGCAGAAUGUUAAAUGGCUAAAUUAACCCUAACAGCUUGUUGUUAAUGGCAUUUUACCAUCAUGGAUCUGGUUCACAACUCUGAAGUUACUCACAGUAUCAGUCUUUUAAAGACAUAUAGCAGUGGUUUGAAAAAAGCUUG